AUGACGGAAGUAAAUCAUCAUCCACUAAAAGCUGAACAACCUCAAGAAAAUGAAACAAAUUUAGAAGAUGUUGCCAAAGCAUACUUGGAGGUACGGCAGCGGAAAGAAGGACCGCUGGCUGCCCCAUUAGAUGCUAAAAUCGCAGCAAUGUUGCCGAAAGAUAUGACAGUGGGUAAUCAUGAAAAAGAGCGAGACAGAGAGAAGGAAAAGGAAAAGGAAAAGGAAAAAAAAGAUAGACGUAGUCGUGAUAGAAGUCGAGACAAAAGCAAAAGUCGUGAUCGCGAAAGACGUCGCCGAAGCAAAAGUCGAAGUAAAGAUCGUGAAAGGCGAAAAUCACGAUCCCGUGAAAGAAGGCAUCAUCAUCGAGAUCGGAGCCGAAGUAAAAGUCGUAAGGAGCGGACACCUGAAAAACAAAAGAAGAAGUAUAAAUUCUGGGAUGUUCCACCAGCUGGGUACGAGCACUUAACACCAAAAGAGUACAAAGAACUGCAAGCUGCUGGACAAAUACCACGAAAUAAUGUCCAGUCAGCUGUACCUGUUGUUGGUCCAUCUGUCACUUGUCAGUCGCGACGUCUUUACGUUGGUAAUAUACCAUUUGGCUGCAGUGAAGAUGCAAUGUUGGAUUUUUUCAACCAGCAGAUGCAUCUUUGUGGACUAGCUCAGGCGCCAGGUAAUCCAGUGCUAGCAUGUCAAAUGAAUCUUGAUAAGAACUUUGCUUUUAUCGAGUUUCGAUCUAUCGAUGAAACAACAGCAGGAAUGGCGUUUGAUGGCAUUAAUUUUAUGGGGCAGCAGCUCAAAAUACGAAGACCACGAGAUUAUCAACCCAUGAGCACCAGUUACGAUUUAGGGAAUAUGAUGGUAUCCAAUAUCGUGCCAGAUAGUCCACACAAAAUAUUUAUUGGCGGCCUGCCAAGUUAUCUGAAUGCUGAACAGGUGAAAGAGCUUUUAUCUUCUUUCGGACAGUUGAAGGCGUUUAAUUUAGUUACUGAGCAGUCUACUGGUGUUUCGAAAGGUUAUGCCUUUGCAGAGUAUUUGGAUCCGUCUUUGACAGAUCAGGCAAUAGCGGGCUUGAAUGGGAUGCAACUUGGAGAUAAAAACCUCGUUGUACAACUUUCAUGCGCCAACGCCAGAAACAAUGUUACGCAAAAUACGUUCCCUCAGAUUCAGGUGGCAGGCAUAGAUCUAUCUCAUGGUGCUGGACCACCGACUGAAGUGCUCUGUUUAAUGAACAUGGUUACCGAGGACGAAUUAAAAGAUGAUGAAGAAUAUGAAGACAUUCUGGAAGAUAUUAGAGAGGAAUGUGCGAAGUAUGGUAUUGUGAAAUCAUUGGAAAUACCCCGUUCAGUACCAGGAGUGGAUGUCACAGGUGUUGGGAAAGUUUUCGUGGAAUUUAAUAGCAAACAAGAAUGUCAAAAAGCGCAAGCUGCCCUUACGGGGCGUAAAUUUGCAAAUCGAACAGUAGUGACAAGUUAUUACGAUCCAGAUAUGUAUCACAGAAGGCAGUUUUGA